AUGGAUUCAACCGAUCUAGCUGCUUCUUCGUCUUCAUCCGAGCUACCUGCUUCGUCUUCAUCUGACCUCCCAGUAAAGGCUGAUACUCCAGCCGAAAAUCCACCUAAGAACCCAGUGCAUCCUUCACUGCUUUACGUGAAUAUGAAAAAAAUGACACAGGACCCGAUUUCACAAUGGAUAAUGAUGUACACUGGACGGCCGAGAUCCGAGCGCGAAAUGCCAGAGAGUCCAACAUGUCGUGUGGAACGGGAGAGACGGGAGACUGACGAAUGGAUUGCCAAGAAUCCGCAUCGGACUUUGGAAGAUCUUCUUCAAGAGAAUCGAGAAUCCCAAUUGGAGAAGCAAAUUGAGUAUCAAUACCGGAAGAACAAGAAGGCUCCAACUCUUGAUGAGCAGAAGAUCGGUCCGGAUGGGAGAUACAUCUUCUCGGAGGAGUACAUCGAUUUCAUGUUCUACCGUGAGCUCCAGCCGCUUGUCGAUCUCCGUUCUCUUCAUUUCGUCGAGGAUCUCCUCAAGGAGAAGAUCGUGCAGCGCGAUGCUGCCAAGAAAGCCAAGGAAGAGGCUGAAGCAGUGGAAGAAAGAGAGAACAAGGACCCAAAGAGCUCUACAGACGAGUAA